AUGGCGGGAGUCACGGCGAAUGCAGCCCAAACACUCCCGAGAUUUCUACUCCCUCGACUGAGCUGGAUAGGAUCUACUGGGUCUUCGCAAGUAUUGCGAGCUGCGACUCUACCCGCAGAGAACCGACGGUCAUGGCAAGGGUAUGGGACAGCCUCGUUCCACUCACUUCGAGAGAAACCUCAGUAUAUAUCGGGUAAUGCAAGGACGAGACCAUCUAUUCUACUUCAGAAUCCGGAUUUACGAAGAUCAUUCCAUGCUACAGCGCCGCGGGGCAGAGACCACCACUUUGAUACCCUGAAAUUUGUCCAACGACUACAGAGCGAUGGCUUCACAGAAGAGCAAUCUGUUGCAAUGAUGAAGGUUUUGAACGAUGUGAUCCAGGAGAGCAUACAAAACCUAACUCGGACGAUGGUAUUGCGCGAAGAUGCUGCCAAAGCAACAUACACGCAAAAGGUAGACUUUGCAAAGCUUCGCUCCGAGCUUCUCUCCGCAGACAGCACCGAGUCGAACACAACCCGCGCUGCCCACGAGCGACUAACGAACGAUAUCACCAAGUUGAAUAACCGUCUGCGAGAUGAGAUCGGUCGAACGCAGGCGUCAGUGCGGCUAGAUUUGAACCUGGAAAAGGGUCGGAUACGAGAAGAGGCUGUAAGCCAAGAGUUGAAGAUUAAAGAGACGGAGACUAAGAUCGAGCAAGAAGUUGCUGCCUUAAGAGAAAAGCUAGAGCAAGUCAAGUUCCAGACGCUCCAGUGGUUGAUGGGUGUCUGUACGGGUUUUGCGGCAUUGUUGCUUGGUGCUUGGAGAUUGCUCAUGUAA